AUGAAAAUACUCCUAUCAUCAGAUGAAGUUAAUUUGAUUGUUUAUCGCUAUUUAGUAGAGAACGGAUUUAUCCAUGCUGCCUACGCUUUUUUUAAUGAAGCAAAUAUAUCGAAAAAUUCGUACUAUAUAAGUCAUGAUGAAAAGCUGCCAUGCCAUGCUCUGGUAACCUUUAUGCAAAAGGCACUGAUAUUUAUAUUUAUAGAGUACCAUACUGAAUGUAACAAUGCGAGAAUUUCUUGUAAGGAGCCCUUUUCCCUUUUUAGAAGACAUGAAUGUUGUACGGAGGAAAAGGACCUAUCAGAGGAACAGGAAAACAAAACAGAAAUUCGGGAGAAUGAGAAAAACACCAGCAAUAAUUUAAACAAGUGCACCUCCAGUAGCAAAUCGUUUGGCAAUAAUAAUAUCAUUAAAAGUUAUAUGCCCAAUUCUGUCAGCUUCAGUGACUUGAAUAAUGAGGCCAGCAUUAACAAUGUUAAUGAUCAUGGCCCCAGCGGUGCUAAUGCUAAGAAGAACUCUGUUAUAAAGAAAGGUGGGGGGAAAGCUGACAGUGAGGAGGCAAACGGGAAAGCCAACCAGGAUAGCAACAAAACUGUGAACCAGGAUAGUAACGGGAAUGGGAACGACGCCAAUAACAACGGUGACAGUAACACAAAUGAUAGUAAUGCCUCCAAGGCGAAAACGAACUCGAAGCCCAGCAUUUACCGGAGCAGCUUUUCAAACUUUGCCUCGCUAAACUAUAACGACAGCAACAUAUCUUUUAAGGAUAUCAAGAGGAAUUACGCGAACAUUUUCGCGCAGGGGAAGAAGUCCAAGAAAAGCUCUUCGAACAAGAAGAACAACAACAGUAACAGUAACAGCGGCGGCAGUAGCAGCGUCAACAACGGUGGAAGUGGCGGCGUUAACAACGGUGGAAGUAGCGGCGUUAACAACGGUGGAAGUGGCGGCGUUAACAACGGUGGCAGUAACAAUGUCAACAACAGCAGCAGCAACAACAGCAGCAACAACAGCAGCAACAACAGCAGCAACAACAGCAGCAACAAUAGCAACAAUAGCAAUAGCAACAAUAACAGUGAGGCCGCCAACAGCCAUAACGAGGCCGGGGAAAGCAGUAAAAAAAACGGCACCAUCGUCAGCAGCAGUAACAACAGCAGUGGAAACAGCAGUGGAAACAACAACGUGAGUAGCAGUAACGCGGAGGGGAAGGAAUCCAGCGUGAAGGACGAGCCGGAUGAUGCCAGCACCAGCGGCAAUCAACGAAAGAAGCCCAAAAUUAUGAAAAUUGUAAGCAAACCCAGUAAGGCGAAUGAAGAUCAGAACGGCAAAUGGAACAACAUCAGUGAUAGCAUCCCUUCUGAAGAUAAAAAAAAAGAGAAUAAUCACGUACCCGAUGUGAAGGAGGAUAACGUGGAGCCCACUAAGAACAAUGCUGCGAAGAAAGAGAAUAAUUUAAAUAACAACGUUAAAAAGAAUAAUGCAAACACAUCGAGUGGCAAAGGAACGAGUUUGAGCAAUAAUAACAACCAUAGCAAUGGGAAGAAAAAGGAGUUAAGUGGUGGAGACGCAGGUCAAAAUAGCAGUUCAUCGAAUAAGAAAAAGAAAAAAAUAAAAAACAAUAAUAAAGAAAUUACAUACAGCAAUUCAACUAGUAGUAGCAAGAAAACGAUAAAAAAUUCGCUAAAAAAGGAGAAAAAAGAAAAGGGUAGUAAGAGCGCCACAUCAAAACAGAAAAAAAAUAACAAACAGGAGGGAGGCAACCACGACGAUGAGGAUGAUGAAGAAGAAAUGUCUGAUGAAAAUUCAGAACAGGAUUCCGAAUUUUCCAAUGACAACCAAGAGUGUAAUAAGGAAAAUGCUUGCAAUGUCCCUUUGGAGGACAGUACCAAUAAUUCUGCCAAAACGAGGGAUAAUCCCUCAGGCAGUUCUAUUAACAAUAACGCUACAGUGGACGAUAAAACGGAUGGUGGUACGUAUGUCAAUUUAAAGAAGAGCAGCAGCACGAAUGACAUUUCGAAUAGUUCUUCACAAAAUUCUACCAUCGAUGGGGUUAAAAAUGAAAUGAAUAACUCGCAUAUAACGCAUUACGAUGGGUGUCCUAAUAACGCUUGUGAUGGAAUUUUACCGGAAGAAGCAUUAGCAAGCGAAAAACCUUUGAAUGGGAAUCAUUCAAACGAAGUAGCUAUGCUAAAGGAGGAGUGUAAACCCCCCGAGGGGGAAGCAAAAGAAGGGAAUAACUCAAAUAAAAAUGAAUUUAAUUUCAGUUUUGCUAAUUUUUUGAAUAAGAAAAUAAGUUCCAUUUUUAAUAACAGCGGUGGUGGCGAUGGCAUAAAUGGGGACAGCCAUAAUAAGGAUAGCAAUAACGAAAGUUGCAAGGGUAAUAAUAGCAACGACAGCGCCGUGAAGGAUGGCUCGAGCAACGAACAGGUGUUUCCUCAGGAUGCGCAAGACCCUCCGGCAAGUGAGCCCUACGAGAGCGUCAGCAGUAGUAAAGACCGGUACAACAAAUUCAGCCAAAAGAGCAAGCUGAUAAAGGACGAAUUUAUGGAGGCAAAAUACGAAAAGGAGCAUCUCGCAAGAGAACAAACGAGCGAGGCGGAAGAGGCAGCAGGGGCACCUGCGAGGAAGCAAAAAAGACCAUACGAUUACAGUAGUGGCAUGAAAGUGCAAGGGGGAGGAGAUUCUCACCAAAUGGAAGAACACGAAAAUGGUAAAAUAUGCGUAGAGGAAAAAAAAAGGAAGAAGUCGUCCAUUUAUGAAGAAAAUUAUAAAAACGAAAUGAACAAGGAAUUUUUUAAAAAACUAACGCAGAUAUCGCCAAAUAAGGGGGAUAACAAAUGUAAAGCGAAUGGCUCAGUGGAUAUGAAGGAGGAAAAGGAAGAUGAGCUUCGUCGGGGAGUAGCUCAGCAGGGAGUGGAGGCUGAAUUGGGAGGAGCCGAAAGUGGUGACCCGAACCACCUUGGGGAUGACAAAAAUGCCGAAUUGGAUAAGGCAAAAAAAGGUGAAUAUAAUAAAAUGUCGUUUAAUAAAUCUGGCAAGAAUUAUUAUAACGGAAGCCCUAGUACUGCCAACGGGGAUGACCACGAAGAGUAUGAUAAGAUGGAUAAAAAUCCCCCUGGGGAAGUGAAUUUUAUAAAAACAAACGAAAAGAAAAACAGUAUGGAGGUGCACACGGCGAGGGAGGUAGACGAAGAAAGGAGCAAAAGUUGA